AUGCCCGUCGCUCCAGCUUACCACGAGUCGCUUCCUUACGUUGACCAAGAGCCAACCGCGGAAGCCCUCGCUGCUGCGCGCGCCCUCAUCACCGCCGAAGCAUCCUCUCAAGCGCCUCAACUCUCAUCCAGCCCAGAACCAUCCUUCUCUCCCGCGAUAACAUCCGAAAUCGAACGUGUUUCCAAGUCCGAACCACUCGCGCCCAUUGAUCUGAGCCGAUACGAGGCUCCAUCUCCCAGCGCUCCGCCUGCCACCGCCCUGCCCGCUGCCGCCGUCGCACAUAGCUACCUCUCCUCACGCCUCACAAACUUGGAGCUUCUUGAGAAGUGGGGAAAGAAUGCUUGGCUAUUGGGAAACCAUAGUCUCGAGGCGGAGCUUCAGGCACUUGAACGCGAAUUAGCAGUUACCAAACGCGAAGUUGACAUCGUGAAUCUGGAAAGGCAGAAGAGACAGACUGCCGUAGGUGCCGAGAUCAAGACAUUGGAUGAAACCUGGCGCGCAGGCGUUGGUCGCGUGCUCGAAACCGAAGUUGCCGUUGAGGAACUUAGGAGGAAAAUCCGAGAUGAGUUGUCAAAACGGGCUGCUCAGAGCUAG